AUGUUUGAAAAGGGUUGGACCCAAGUAGGAUUAGCCCCACCUCAUGUCCAUAAAGUUCUCAAAAUCCAUCACACGCCUGAGACAAUCCAACGGUUCCAAUUGUACCAAAAAUCAGUUAAAACAAGGGCAACCGUUGGUGGAGAUGAUGGGAGAUUGUCAUUGGACGGGAACGAGGUCCUACGUUACUGGAGCACUGAUUUCCCAGAUACUCUGGCCCACCUCUCGGUGACUUCAAGGGAGAUCUUGCUUAGUGAGAGUGGCCGAAGAGCGCAUGAGAAAUUGCAUGAAGAUGGUGUGGAAGGAGAUUCGCUUACAAGGGCCAUGUUCAUCUGUAGGGUGAUUGCUGGCCGUGUAGCGCGCCAACGGAUUGGUGGGGCUCUUGUUGAGGUUGAAGAUGGUAGGUUUGAUUCCUUGUUGGAUGGCCAAGAUUUCUUAGUCUUGGAUCCUAGGGCUAUCCUUCCUUGCUUUAUAGUUGUAUAUGAUGAUGAUAUUGAUGGUGAUAGCUCACCUGAUUGGAGUAACAAAUUAGCUGGUCCAACAUGUUCUUUGUCAUGUUACGUACAUCCAAUUACAAACUGA